ACAUGCGCACAGUAGCUUCCGCGGUGGAGUUUCAUUCAUACACAAAGCCUCAAAAUAUCAGGUUGUUGUUUUCUAACAAGGCCAUCCACAUUCGUUUUUUCCUACAUUGAUUGCCGCUUUUUGCGGUUUAUUAGGGCACAAGGAAUAGAAGCCAUAAAAUGAAGAAACGUUAUGUGGACGCAAGCAAGCUACGGAAAAUGAAAAAGAUAAAAAUUACGGAGGAGAUAUCUGAAAGCGCUUACACCUUUCUGAAGUUUAUGAUCGUGUGGACUCUGGUGCUCCUGGCAGAUUUUAUACUGGAGUUUCGACUGGAAUACCUGUGGCCCUGUUGGCUAUUCUUCAGGAGUGCCUAUAACACUUUCCACUGCCAUGGGCUGGUUAUUUGUGUGGUGUUUGUUUGUGUGACGUUCACCCUGGACAUGUUAUGUUUCAUUUUUAUUCCCCUCCACUGGUUGUUCUUCGCAGCCAGCACCUAUGUCUUAUUCAAUUACAUUUGGCACACAGAGAAAGGCAUCUGUAUGUCGACGGUGUCCCUGUGGGUGUCCCUGUGGGUCCUGCUGGUGUACACGGACGCUUCGCUGAGGCUCAAAGAUCUGAACAACUCCCACGCCAACCUGUCUCAUCUCUUCGCCGCGCACUGCAUUGGCUACCCUGUUGUCUAUCUGGGGUUCGACACCACCUGCUACUUCACCAGCAUCUUCAAGCUGCGCACGCAGAAAGCUGUGCAGAGCGAGAACAACUUUCACAUGCACCUCCUGGAACAGUCCCUACCUCCGGGCCUGCAGCUUUACCCCAAGAGCAUCACAGACGGCAACGGCAACUCAAAGUGGAGGCCCAAACCUGAGUCCAGUCAGUACCAGUGUCAGAACGGUGCUGUGGCGUCUGACGAGAGACUCACCGUGGAAUGCCUCCAGAUCCACAGCGGAGUGGAGCGGGGAGGGACCGAGAGGGGUGUGGAGGAGACAACGCUGGGAGACUCAAACCCCCAGCCGCCCCAGUCCUCAAAACCCAGAGACCCCCCCACCAACGGUGUGACAAGAGGAGGGUCGCCGGAGUCCUCGGCCACCACCGAAAAUCUACCUCAGGAGGAGCAAGGCGGCAAAGUCCUGCGGGCCGCCAAAGGCUCAUCCUCCUCCCCCAAAGCACGCAGGACGUCCCCCGGCGCCGCUAACAUCCCUUCACCUCCUCCCACUGGCAGGGCUGAAAGGAAGCAGAAGAAUGGCUCCAAAACGGUCAGCCCCAAUCGGCACGCUGCAGACAAGGGCCCCGCCGCGCCAAAUCCUCACGCUGACCAGAUCACUAAGCUGGAGCAGGAGAUGAGGAGGCUGAAGGGCGAGCUACAGGCCAGCAGACAGGGUGAGCAGGAGCUGCGCAGCCACGUCUGCAACCUGACCAACAGCGAGCACAGCCUGAGGCCCGAGGUGUCUCUGCUCAGGCAGAACAAUGAGUUGCUCCAGAGCAAGAUCUUGUCGCUGACCAAGACCAAGCAGAAAGACAAGCAGAUCAGCGCCGUGCUAGAGAAGAAGACCAGAGCAGAGACAGAGGCCAGGCUCUCCAUAGAGAAACAGCUGGCAGAACUCCAGGCUCACAAACUAGAGGAGGCGGCCAUCUUAGCUCGUAGUAGUCUACCAAACAGGCAGGAACACUCUGUGACCCUAAUGUUAAGGAAAAAGGAAAAAGAUCUAGAGACAGAGUACAAACAACUGCAGCUGGAGAGUCAAGGGAAAGAGGGGCGUGUGAUAGCUCUAGUGAAUGAAGUGGAGGCCCUUGGGAAGUAUCGUUGUGUGGAACAGGAGGAACAGGACGUGCUGCUCUCCGCCUUGUCGGGCCUACAGGACAAGGCUCAGCACCUGGAGUACAACCUGAGCGCCGAGACGCGCAUCAAACUGGACCUAUUCUCAGCCCUGGGAGACGCCCGCAGGCAGCUGGAGAUAGCACAAGGAAAAGUACUCAAGCAGGAUAAGGAGAUUGGCGAGAUGAAACGGAAGAUCGCCGAGGUCAUGGCCGUCAGUCCCGGCAUGUCCUUCAUGACGCCACGGCCCGCCGUACCGCAGUACCUCACCAAGUUCCUCAACUCAGAGCGCUAUGUGCUCAACCCACGGGCGCUGAUGUACCAGUGUCUUAAGAAAUAAGAAUCCAUCACGGCCUGUUGAAAACAUGCGGUAGACCAUCUUAAGCAUUCUCUAUCUCCUAGAGGGACGGAGAGCACCCAAGAGACUUCCUGGAUGUGGCGAUGAUAUCACAGUGCUCAAUGACAUUCUCUGUCUCAAGGAUUUGUAUACAGUAGUUCUCACAAAACAUAAACUGUCAGAUGAUUACCUUCUCAGUAAUCCUCCAUAAAUCAUUGGCGAGGUGAGAAACAAAAUGCCUUUGUCUGCUUCGCAGGUGCUUAAUUCACAAGGCACAUAUUCCUGUCUUUCCUCUGAAGAAGUAUUUGAAUUCAGAGGACUUGUGAGAUUACUGAUGCCGACGGUGAUGUGUAAAUGUGAUGUCGAGCUCCCUUGGCUACAGUAAAUAUCACAUUUCAUAGGUGCUCGUCCGCUAGGACACUAUUGGCUUUUCAAUUCAGAAUCAUGGCACAAUGAACCGUGUAAUGUGAUUUGGGUCGAGCAAGACUAGGUUGGAAGAGAUUGGCUGGACUGUCUGAGCUCACCUUAGCAACUCUUUGUCCUUAUAUUGUUGUUUUGGGUUUCUCUCCUAUUAAUUUGCCUUAUAUUGACGGGCAACGUUUAUUCAAUGCAUGUAUUGCCAGUGGGCAAACCCCUGGCCUUGAUUAUCAACCUUUGGUUCCUUUGGACAGUGUCUCUUCAAGACAAAGGAUGAUCAGGUCACACCAGACCUGGGUUCAAAUACUAUUUGCAAUAAUUUCAAAUGCUUUCUUGAGCUUGUCUGGGACAAUGGAACCAAUAGCUUAGUUGCUUCAAGUUCAAACCCAGACCAUCUGGGUUUGAACUCUUCCAGACAGACUAAAGCAAACGCUAAAUUAUUUCAAAGAUUUCAAAUAGUAUUUGAACCCAGAUGUGGUUGAAACCACUACCAUUUACCAGUCAUGUUAAGUAAUCGGAAAAUUGAUAUUGUCUAUAAAAGUUUGGCAGCGUUGUGAAUAACAUGGAAUUUUGUGGACCAAAAAUUGUGCAGCGAUGUGCAAAAGUACCCGUAAAUUGAAUGUGCCUACACACAUUACUUUCAAAAUAGGAGGUAAAACACUAUUUAAUGUGAGACAGUAAUGUGUUUGAAUUGAAGUGAUUUGUAAUGUUUUUGAAACAUUUUUUUACACACAUAGACACACACACACACAAUGUAAAGAAAUUGAAAAAACACCCCGAAUUGUUUUUCAAAUUGAUGAAAACUAAUGAAGUUGAUCUUACAAUUUGUCUCUGUUAGAUUUAGUGUUUACAGUUUUCUAUCAAAACAAUACUUUUUAGGCUUGAUGUACUUUUCACAUGGAAGUUUACUGCUUUAAUUUGGUCAAUCAAUGUUUUUGUCAGCAUGACACUGGCGUGUGUAAUACAGGUCCAUUUCUUUGGGCACAAUGUCAUUUGUGACUAAAGAUUGUGCAGUACAUACAUAUUAUCGUUCAAGGGCUCCAGUUAUUCUUCUUACAAUUCUGAUGAAACAGUUGAUAAUAAAAAAAAUGUUUACCAGU